CACCCGCGGAAUGAGAGGGACAGCGAGAGGGAGAGGGAGAGGGAGAGGGGAGAGGAGGCAAGACGGACGCGUUAGCCCAGAAAAAAAGCGACACGAGGGAGUGAAGAGCUGAGGCAAGUGGGAGCAACUAGCUAGCUAGCCACCUACGCGGGAGCUAGCUAGGCAGGCAGGCUAAGCUACAGCGGCGCGCGGCGGCCAUGGAGUGGGAUCUCAAGAUGCCGCCGGCGAGCUGGGAGCUGGCUGACGAGCUGGAGAACGGCGCGGGGGCGGCCGAGACGGGGGCGGCCGUCGUGGCGGGAGGUGGCGACGGGACGGCGGCGGCGGCGUCGUCGUCGUCCGCGGUGGUGCCUGGUGGUGGUGGCGUCAAUGCGGGCGGUGGUGGUGGUAGGCAGGAGUGCUCGGUCGACCUCAAGCUCGGCGGGCUGGGGGAGUUCGGCGGCGGCGGUGGCGCGCAGACGCGGGUGGUGGCUGGGGCGGGCUGUGGCGGCGGCGGCAGCAGGGGUGUGGAGGCCAAGGGGAAGGGCCCUGCGGCGGCCUCGGCGCCGGCGAAGCGGGCGCGCGCGUCGGGCGGUGGCGGCGGCGCCGGGCAGCAGCAGCAGCAGCAGUGCCCGUCGUGCGCGGUGGACGGGUGCAAGGAGGACCUGAGCAAGCACCGCGACUACCACCGCCGGCACAAGGUGUGCGAGGGCCACUCCAAGACCCCCCUCGUCGUCGUCGCCGGCCGCGAGAUGCGCUUCUGCCAGCAGUGCAGCAGGUUUCACUUGCUUGCAGAGUUUGAUGAGACGAAGCGCAGCUGUAGAAAGCGCCUAGACGGGCACAACCGUCGCCGCAGGAAGCCACAGCCAGACCCCAUGAGUAAUGCAGGCUAUAUUGCAAGUCCACAAGGGGCAAGAUUCUCACCAUUUGUGACGCCGAGACCGGAGGCGAGCUGGACAGGGAUGAUGAAAACCGAGGAGAGCCCAUACUACACACACCACCACCAGAUCCCUCUUGGCAUCAGCAGCAGCAGGCAGCAGCAUUUCGUCGGCUCCACCUCGGAUGGCGGCCGGCGCUUCCCUUUCCUCCAGGAAGGCGAGAUCAGCUUCGGCGCCGGCGCCGGCUGCGUGCCGAUGGAUGCUGCUGCCGCCGCCUCGGUGUGCCAGCCACUCCUGAAGACGGUGGCUCCUCCUCCUCCUCAUCAUCAUCAUCAGCAGCAUCACGACGGUGGCAGAAGCAGCAGCAGCGGCGCCAGCAAGAUGUUCUCCGAUGGGCUGACUCAGGUGCUCGACUCCGAUUGUGCUCUCUCUCUUCUGUCAGCUCCGGCGAACUCCUCGGCCAUCGACGUCGGCGGCCGGAUGGUCGUCCAGCCGACCGAACACAUCCCCAUGGCACAGCCUCUCAUCUCCGGCCUGCAGUUCGGCGGCGGCGGCGGCGGCUCGGUCUGGUUCGCGCAGCCGCAUCAGGCGGCCACCGCCGGCGGCGGCGCCGUCGUCGUCUCGACGGCCGGCUUCUCCUGCCCGGUGGUGGAGAGUGAGCAGCUGAACACCGUGCUGAGCUCGAACGACAAUGAGAUGAACUACAAUGGGAUGUUUCACGUCGGCGGCGAAGGCUCCUCCGACGGCACCUCGUCGUCUCAGCCUUUCUCAUGGCAGUAGUUUACACUUUUCAGUAAUUGUUGCUGCUGCAUGCAUAGUUUCAGUAGAGCUGUUCUUUCUCUCCAGCGAUCAACCAUUGUUUCGGUCGGUUCUUCCGGCGAUGUUCCAUUUUUCUUUCCUUCAUUUGAGUUACAACAUUUGUGAGAACAAAUUCGACAUAAAUUAAUCAGUUCCUCUCGAGAUCAUCGAUCUCAAAAUGAUGGUGCCGGUUGCCAAUGGUGCAGUUUUCAGGUUUGCAGAAUUGCAGUAUUGUGCAGAGAGAUUCAGUUUCUGGACGAGAUCUUGGGCCUCAUUUGGAACAAGAAAAAUUUAAAGGAUUUAAGAAUGAUUUUAAUUGAG